AUCUACGCUCGGAAUGGUCUGUGGGUGUACUACGGCAUCAUGGUGACCUUAGUGCUACUGCCCCAAAUCACGGUACAAGCGUUAAGCCUAAGCUGGCAGAUCGCUGAUAAGUGCCCUUCGAGGCCAGUUUGGUGGGCGAACCUACUGCUUAUCGGUACAGCUCACACGCAAUGGUUAACGCUGCGCGCCUGCUUCAAGGCGGCCAAGACGAAACGACGGGAGGACUAUGACGCAUACACGAAGCACAGAACUGACUUCUAUUUGCUGGCGGUCUACAAGUCGUUGCUGAAGUCAGCGCCUCAGGUCGUGCUUCAGAUGUACAUCAUUUUCGACACUAAAGACUGGAGACCUCAGACAGUCGGCACUGCCAUUCACUCCCUCAUCAUUUUGCCAUGGUACAUUAUCGCCUACGACUUUGAUCAGCGGAGCCGACGGCCAGACAAGAAGACAGCUACCUUCUGCGACAUCAUUUUGCACUUGAUAUGGAGGAUUGGAACAGUAUCGUCACGCAUCGUUGCCAUGGUACUGAUGGCGAUAGCGGACGAUUCCUGGACAUUCGGAUACUUCGGCAGCUACUUUGUCAUGACAGCGAUCGUCGCCGUCAUGUUGAUGGAGCUUCAAGGCCGAAAUCAAGUUGCGCCAGACGUUCCGUUCUGGCAGAAGCUGGCACACAGCACUGCGAUGGGCACAUCCCUCACAUUCUGCUUCUUCAACGUAGCCGACUCUUCCUCCCGCGGUUGGCUUACCCUCAUGUACACGUACGCCUUCACGCUGAACGCUUUCGCACUUCUGGAAUACUUCAGGGUGUGGUCUAUCACUGGCGAGCCGCACCACGGCACGAUUGCGAUGAGCAUUGUGCUCGGGGCAUUCCUCCUAGGGGUGAGCGCCAUGGCCUGGUACAACAAGAGGCAUAAGGACGAUCCGGUCUGCACACUACCCCUUUUCCCAUGGAGAGUUCCCCACUCGACAAGCACAACGCCAUGGCAGGUCGAACACCUCCUCGAAAGCGUUUUCAUCGCAAACCACGCCGCCGAUAGCUUCAGCGAGCGAACUACCCUGUUCAGUUCAAGGUAGUGACAAGAAGACGCUCCAGACAGCGGCGACAGAAAAUUGAGAGCGUCCAGUAGAGCCUUAGUGUUGCAGAGUGAAGGAACCUAUAAAUUUACUUUUUAUUUGUGAA